GAUGGACUGGCGGCCUGUCCAGGGUGUCCCCUGCCUUCGCCCUAUGUCAGCUGGGAUAGGCUCCAGCGCCCCCGCGACCCUAAUGAGGAUAAGCGGUAUUGAAAAUGGAUGGAUGGAUGGAUGAAAUUAUAAUAGUCUAAACAUGAAAUAUCCUCCACACCUCGGGGGAUGCUACCUCCACUAGGAGGCAGUAGCGAAGCGCCGAGGACGUCAACGGUUGUGAAACCUCAAAGAUGAAGUAGAAGAAGAGGAGGAGGAGCUGUCAGCUGUGAAGAGGCGAACCAGCCCACAACAAACAGCCUAGGAAACCAGGAAGGAAACCAGGGAGGAGAGAGACUGAAGCUCCACUUUAACAUUUCUAGAGGUUCUGUUUGAUUCUGAGGGUGCGGAUCACUCCCGUCCUUCAGCAACAUGGGGGAACUCUUCAGAAGUGAAGAGAUGACGCUGGCUCAGCUCUUCCUCCAGUCAGAAGCCGCCUACUGCUGCGUCAGUGAACUGGGAGAGAUUGGGAUGGUGCAGUUUCGUGAUCUAAAUCCUGACGUGAAUGUGUUCCAACGGAAGUUUGUCAAUGAAGUCCGCCGAUGUGAGGAGAUGGAUCGCAAACUGAGAUUUGUGGACAAAGAAGUAAGGAAGGCCAAGAUCCCAAUAGUUGACACAGGAGAGAACCCUGAAGUCCCUUUCCCAAGGGACAUGAUCGACCUGGAGGCCACAUUUGAGAAGCUUGAGAAUGAGCUGAAGGAAAUAAACACCAACCAAGAAGCCCUAAAGAAGAACUUCCUGGAGCUGACGGAGCUCAAGCACAUCCUGCGUCGCACGCAGCAGUUUUUUGAUGAGAUGGAGGAUCCCAGUUUACUGGAGGAGUCAAACAUCCUCUUGGACCCCAACGAGCCCCACCGAAUGGCUCCUCUCCGACUCGGAUUUGUGGCCGGAGUCAUUGGCAGGGAACGUAUUCCCACAUUUGAGAGGAUGCUGUGGAGAGUUUGCAGAGGAAAUGUGUUCCUGAGGCAGGCGGACAUCGAAGAACCUCUGGAGGACCCGGCCACGAGCGACCAGGUCCACAAGUCUGUCUUCAUCAUCUUCUUCCAGGGAGACCAGCUCAAGCAUCGAGUCAAGAAGAUCUGUGAGGGGUUCAGAGCGACCUUGUACCCGUGUCCAGAAACACCCCAGGAGAGGAAAGAGAUGCUGGCGGGGGUGAACGCACGUAUUGAGGACUUGCAAAUGGUGCUGAACCAGACCGAUGAUCACAGGCAGAGGGUCCUGCAAGCUGCCGCCAAGACGGUCAGAGUGUGGUUCAUCAAGGUGAGGAAGAUGAAGGCCGUCUACCACACCCUCAACCUCUGCAACAUCGACGUCACUCAGAAGUGUCUGAUCGCUGAGGUGUGGUGUCCCGUCUCUGACAUGGACUCCAUCCAGUUUGCUCUGCGCAGGGGGACGGAGAAGAGCGACUCCACUGUGCCUUCCAUCCUCAAUCGGAUGCAGUGUAAGCAGACCCCACCCACCUAUAACAAGACCAACAAGUUCACCUCAGGCUUCCAGAACAUUGUGGACGCCUAUGGGAUUGGCAACUACCGUGAGAUCAACCCAGCGCCAUACACCAUCAUCACCUUCCCCUUCCUAUUUGCGGUCAUGUUUGGUGACAUGGGCCACGGGACGCUCAUGACCUGUGUGGCCCUGUACCUUGUGUUGAGAGAGAGCAGGCUGAUGGCCCAGAAGCCCGACAAUGAGAUAUUCAGCAUGCUGUUUGCGGGGCGCUACAUCAUCCUGCUGAUGGGACUCUUCUCCAUGUACACUGGGACCAUCUACAACGAGUGCUUCUCCAAGUCCAUCAACGUGUUCGGCUCUGGCUGGAGCGUCAGGCCCAUGUUCGACUCUCGGCUGGGGGCCAACUGGACGUUUGACACACUGCGAGGCAACAAGGAUUUGCAGUUGGACCCGGCAAUCAAUGGAGUCUUCACAGGGCCGUACCCCAUCGGCAUCGAUCCGUUAUGGAGCCUUGCCACCAACAAGCUGACGUUCCUGAACUCGUUUAAGAUGAAGAUGUCCGUCAUCCUGGGAGUCAUCCACAUGCUGUUUGGAAUCACUCUCGGGCUCUUCAACUACCUGUAUUUCAAGAAGCCGCUGAAUAUCUACUUGGGAUUCCUCCCAGAGAUCGUCUUCAUGGCCAGUCUGUUUGGCUACCUCGUCAUUCUGAUCUUCUAUAAGUGGGUCGCGUACAACGCGAGCAUAUCCAAGGACGCUCCCAGUCUCCUCAUUGCCUUCAUUAACAUGUUCCUCUUCAAAUACAACGACCCCACUAACCAACCUCUCUACAGAGGACAGAUGGUCGUACAAUCACUCUUGGUGGUAAUCGCCUUGGCUUGUAUUCCCUGUAUGUUAAUAGUGAAAACUCUGGUUCUGCGGCGACAGUAUUUGUGGCGAAAAAACCUGGGGACAGAAAACUUUGGAGGGAUCAGGGUGGGCAACGGGCCCACUGAGGAUGAGGCUCAAAUCAUCCAGCAUGACCAGCUCUCACAGCACUCUGAUGAGGAGCCGGAGUUUAACUUUGGGGAUGUGGCGGUUCAUCAGGCGAUCCACACCAUAGAGUUCUGCCUGGGCUGCAUCUCCAACACGGCCUCCUAUCUGAGGCUUUGGGCCCUCAGUCUGGCUCACGCACAGUUGUCAGAAGUGCUGUGGAGCAUGGUGAUGCACAUUGGCCUUUCGACCGUCGGCUUCGGAGGUUUCAUCAUGCUGACCUUCACGUUUGUCUUCUUUGCUGUUCUCACAGUUGCCAUUCUUCUCCUAAUGGAGGGCUUGUCAGCCUUCUUGCAUGCGCUGCGUCUGCACUGGGUGGAGUUCCAAAACAAGUUUUACGUGGGCCAGGGCUUCAAGUUCCUCCCCUUUACCUUCGAAAGCAUCCUGGAUGGGAAUUUUGAGGAAUAAGAUGGGAGCACUCCUCUUCUUUAAUUGAUGUCACUCAUCUCUUGAGAAUCUGCGUGGUGUUGAAUAGAGAUUUGUGUGUUUGUUAGAUGCAGUUUCCAUGAGAUCACCUGUCAGACUGCCAUAUCUUUUCUAUCUACUCACAAAUUACUGUUCGUUAAUUCAUUCCUCAGAAAACUAGCUAUUCUGUAAUAUGUUAUGUGUCUUAGUGAAGUCAUUUUGUGUUCACCUGUGUUGUAUUUAGUAGUAAUUUAAUAUUAUUUAUACAAAUCUUUCCUUUAUAAAGUCUGUAUUUUUCUUUCCGUCUUUGGUGGCAGUGUAGCAGUUCCAUCAUAAAUGAGGUGUUUUGUGCAAGUGGUCUUGACUGAUUAUGUUGAUUUCAGAGUAAAGUGACAGAAGUGUCUGUCACUUUAGUGUUUACAGCUUUCCUGUCUGUCCUCGCCACGUUGUCUCUCUCUCUCUCUCUCUUUCUUCACCUCACACACUGAGCUAUAAAGGUCCAAAGGGAAUACAAUUAAACUUACAUCAGGUCAGUGCUUUAAAGGUGAAGUACUGAUAUUUAAUCCUGCGCUAACAUUGCCAUAAAUGCCCUUUUUGUGUUAGGUGACGUGUUCUCUGUAAAUCUUUCAUGGAGAGAAUGAAGGGGGAUCUGUAGCGACAGUGUGCUGAUUUUCACUUACAGUAACGUUUUAAAUGUAAUUGUUGCACUUUGAUCGGAUUAAAAACAGCAGGCACGUUCAAAUAAAACUAAAUCAUCAAUCAUUUCCCACCCACAUUUAUUCAAUAAAUUGGAAAGUGCUUGA